CGAAAUAUUUGUGCUUAGCUCCCCAGGGAGCAAAAAAACACCUGCCGGCACUCAUCGUCGUUGCGAGGCCAGAACAAAAAGGCAUCAGUGGCGAGGGAUCCUGCAUCCAUGUCGAAGGUGACGGUGCUCAAGGUGGACACCUCCUGCGCCAAAUGCAAGCGCAAGGUCCUGCAGGCCGUCUCCGGCCUCCAAGGUGUUGACAAGAUCGAGGUCGACUCGGAGAAGGGCACCAUGACGGUGACCGGCACGGUGGACCCGGUGGACGUGAUCGUGCAGGCGAGGAAGGCCGGGAGGCGCGCGUCCGUCGUCACCAUCGGCCCGCCGCCCAAGCCGGCCGAGGAGAAGAAGCCCGAGCAGCAGAAGACCGGCGAGAAGAAACUGUCGGCAGACGCGGAGAAGAAGGCGCCCGAGCAGCCGGCCACGGUGUUCGUCCACCACGUCCCCUCGUGGCCUGCGUGCCCCAGGUACCAGGAGAGAGUAGUCUACGAGCAGGAUCCCCCGCCUUGCUCCAUCAUGUAAAUGGUUCGAUUCACUCAAACCCAGGGUAGAAUAAACUAAACUAUGGUGGCUUAUUUUGAUAUCAAAUUUAUUAUUAAUGCAUCUAGCAAGAUCAGAAAUGAUUUUGAUGAACA